AUGGUCCAGACUGGUUUAGGGUUUUCUUCUGUUAAACAAACAAAAUUAACACGUAAAGCAGCACAAAAAACAAAACAAAUCGAUAAACUGAUGCAAUUAUUGGAAUCAAAAACAAGAUUCUUAUCGGAUACAAUUGCGUCUCUUGCUCAUGUUGUCGGCGAACCUAUUGGUCGUGGACGAAAAGGAAAAAAACGCAAGCAUAAUGUUUCUAAGUCAGGCGUAUCAGACUCACCCUCAGGUUCAGCAUUAAAUCAAGAUUAA